CAAUUAGAGGAAGAAAUUCCCACCUGGAAAUUAUUGCUCUGAAGUCUACACUAUGUUUUGGUCGUUGGGUAAGGCCAGGAAGUUUACCUACUGCAUGUGCUGUGGAAAAUAUCAGAACUGUCAACAGCGAUGAGCCAGAUCAAAUGAAAGCCUCAAUCUCCAAAGAUGAUCCUGAGAUGCUUAGACCUCUUAUUUCAGACAGUGAAAAAGGCCAAGUGCAGAUAAAGCAAUACAGUAGUUCUACUUCAAUGAGUUUGCUACAGAAUGCUUUCUGGACCGUCUGUGUACUGCUCGGAUCAGCCAUACUUAUAUUUAUCCUGAUUCUCAUCUGUGCAGUCAUAUAUCCUAGGUAGAGGGAUAUAUAUCUUAUACGAGGAUGUCAAGUCAUGUCCAUGCGAAGAUGUCCAAGUCCUCUGGUCAAUACUGGUGGAGUCUCAUCCAUCCGUUGCUACAUCAGACCAUUGAAGCAUAUGGACUUCAAAAACCAUUUAAGAUUUGUAGCCGAAAAUUAAUGUUCUAUUAUGUAUAUAAACCAUAGCCCUUCUUUCUCUCUUUAGCACUCGUUUAGAACAAAAGAUAGCAAAAUGAUUAGCUGAAUCUUCUCUGUUAAGAUGGCUUUUGUUUGGCCAUAACAUGAAGGAAGGUUGUGUUGUUAUUUAUUUCCAAAAGCUUAAAUGCCUUACUGCUUGAGCUUU